GAUAUCUCAACACUGUAAACUUCAACAGGGUGCACACGGCAAGGGUGUUUCUGUGGCUGGUGCUUUGACUUUUCCUAAUUUACUUUGGAAGAUUACCAUUCAGGUCGCUGUUGUCCUUCCACUCCCGGCCCGGACGCCUCUCGGGCACUUUCUUGCAGAGGCAACCCUGCCUGCAAGGCCUACCCUCGCGCCCUGCCCUGCGCUGCUUCCUGCAGGGCAAAUACACCCACAACCCCAGUUUCGCGCCGGGACAGGCCCGUCACUUCCAGAGCCCGCACCCCUGCGGCGCAGUGUCGGCGGGACGAGCCGGUGGGGAACUUGAAACUCGCGAGCUGGAGCCCGGAAGACCCCGCUGUCCCUACGCACGUCCGCCGGGCGGCGGGGCCAGGCGCACCCGGGGCGGGCAGCCCCAGGCAGGCAGCGGCACCGGCCGGAGCUAGCGCGGGCCGGCCGGGCCGGGGCGGGGGAGGAGCCGGGCGGGUGGAGCCUACUUCGUCUUCGCGCCGCUGCGGCUGCCUUAGCGUCCAGCCCCAAGCAUGUGUGGAAUGGACCCAACCUGCCUUUUCACCGAGAUGUGAGACAGGAGCGCAGACCCUAAGAGGGCAAUUUGCAUAUUUCCCCAGGAAGCAUCCGAUGCUGGCAGCCUGUUUUCAGACCCAGACGGGAGGCCCGUGGUUGUUUCCGGAAAUCUGGCAGGUGGUUAUGGAAUGCCCGUAAUACCCAGGGCCACCUCAGAGAGCUCGGGGCGCGGCAGGGAAGAAGCAGCCAGGGGCCUGCCUUGAAAAGCUUAUGUUGUAUGGGUAUCCAUAGGACUGGCAAUGGCCACACGGGACAGGUCAAGCCUCAGGCCGCAUCCGGUGGCCGAGCCAGCCUUGGAGGGGGAGCCACGCCCGCCCGUGGGCCGGGAGUUGUCCGAGGCCAACCGCUUUGCCUAUGCCGCCCUCUGUGGCAUAUCCCUGUCCCAGCUGUUUCCAGAACCUGAGCAGAGCUCCUUCUGCACGGAGUUCGUGGCAGGCCUGGUGAAGUGGCUGGAGCUGUCCGAAGCUGUCUUGCCAACCAUGAAUGCCUUUGCCAGCGGCCUGGGAGGCGAAGGAGCUGACAUGUUUGCUCAGAUUUUAAUGAAGGAUCCCAUCGUGAAGGAGGACCCGUUGGUAAUCACUCAGGACCUGCUGAGCUUCUCACUCAAGGAUGGGCAAUACGACGCGCGGGCCCGAGUCCUCAUUUGCCACAUGACCUCCGUCCUCCAAGUGCCCUUGGGGGAGCUGGAGCUCCUUGAAGAAACGUUCCUUGAGAGCCUGAAGGAAACCAAGGAGGAGGAAUCCGAAACGGCCGAGGCGUCCAGGAAGAAGAAAGAAAACCGGAGGAAGUGGAAGCGCUAUCUCCUGAUAGGCCUGGCGACUGUCGGAGGCGGGACAGUGAUCGGUGUGACCGGGGGUCUGGCUGCCCCUCUUGUUGCUGCUGGGGCCGCCACGAUCAUCGGCAGUGCCGGGGCAGCAGCUCUGGGCUCGGUGGCCGGCAUAGCUGUCAUGACCUCGCUGUUCGGUGCCGCCGGAGCUGGCUUGACGGGGUACAAGAUGAAGAAGCGUGUUGGGGCGAUCGAGGAGUUCACGUUUCUGCCUCUGACGGAAGGCAGGCAGCUGCGCAUCACCAUCGCCAUCACGGGGUGGCUGGCGUCCGGCAGAUACCGCACCUUCAGCGCCCCGUGGGCCACCCUGGCACACAGCCGCGAGCAGUACUGCCUGGCCUGGGAGGCCAAGUACCUGAUGGAGCUCGGCAACGCCCUGGAGACCAUCCUCAGUGGCCUCGCCAACAUGGUGGCCCAGGAGGCCCUAAAGUACACCAUGUUGUCUGGCAUCGUGGCUGCCCUGACCUGGCCGGCCUCACUCCUCAGUGUCGCCAGCGUCAUCGACAACCCCUGGGGGGUGUGUCUCCAUCGAUCCGCAGAGGUCGGCAAGCACCUGGCCCACAUCUUGCUCUCCCGGCAGCAGGGCCGGCGACCUGUCACUUUGAUUGGCUUUAGCCUGGGAGCCAGAGUCAUCUACUUCUGCCUGCAAGAGAUGGCUCAGGAGAAAGAUUGCCAGGGGAUCAUUGAGGACGUCGUCCUGCUGGGUGCGCCCGUGGAAGGAGAAGCCAAGCACUGGGAGCCUUUCCGGAAGGUGGUGUCCGGGAGGAUCAUCAACGCCUACUGCAGGGGAGACUGGCUGCUGAGCUUCGUGUACCGCACGUCCUCGGUGCAGCUCCAUGUCGCCGGCCUGCAGCCGGUGCAGCUGCAGGACAGGAGGGUGGAGAACGUGGACCUGUCCUCCAUCGUCAGCGGCCACUUGGACUACGCCAAGCAGAUGGACGCCAUCCUGAAGGCCGUAGGCAUUCACACCAAGCCAGGCUGGGAUGAAAAGGGGCUUCUGCUGGCCCCAGGCAGCCCGCCCCGGGAGGAACCUCGCCAGGCAGCAGCCACCUCCUCAGCAGACAAGACCACGGACCAGGAUGGGCAAACCCAGGGUCCAGCACCUGGAGACACGUCCAGAGCGCCCACAUCUGACGACCUCAGCCAAGCCCAGGUGCCAACGGGGCCAGACCAGUCCGAAGGGGCCUCCCUUCCCGCUGCUGCCUGCCCUGCCGAGAGCCCCCAGACGUGCAGCCACGGCAUGAACCCCAACCCACUGGGCUGCCCCAGCUGCGCCAGUGAGGCCCAGAGGCCCUGCCCAGAGCUGGACUGACCCCAAAGGGGACUCGAGCCGUCUUCCCAGAUUCCCAUGGGCCUUGCUGCUCUCUUGCUCCCUCCACCAGGCUCUCCGCAGGAGCUCUGAAGAACUUCCACCAGUGCCCUCCCUACACUGAAGGCUCUGGGGUUGGAAAGCAUGGAGUUGACAGCAGGGAGACUUGUAGGGAGACGACGGACGCCCCGUGGGGAAGCCCAGCCCUGUGGAUCAACCAAGCACAGCUGCGAGCCCAGGACUACCGCCCGGGGUCACAGCUGUGACAUCUGGCCGUCCACCUGGAGGUCCGGGGGGCUCUCCCGGCCCUGAGGCUCCCACCCACCACUCUCCCUCGGCCUCAGUCAAGCCAGGUGUCUGCCUGCUCUCCCGUCCACUCCAGGGCUGCCCACCAGCCCACAGGUUCCAGUAGGAACAGGCAGCUCCCUCUCUGUCCUGGGAGUCCCAGUCAGAUCAGCCACUUACAGCCAUGGCUGCGUACUGCACAGCCACAGGGGCGUCAGUCACACAGACGUGAUGUGAAGGGCGCCCCCAAAGGUGUGCUGCACCGUGGCCCUGGAUGGCAUUGUAACAGCACCGCAAGUCUGCCUGCAGUACAGGUAGGAGCUGGCCCCAGUAGCAAGAAUGGGUCCCAUGGGGGAAGGAUUUCCUGUAGCAGGAACAGAGGUGGUGAUGGAAAUAAAAAGGAGCAAUGGCUACCA